CACAGUUUACCUAUCUAGCAGACGAUAUAAACAUAACCUAAAAAAUGUUUUUUUAAUUUUUCGAAAACUAUUUUUAUAAUAAUAAAUAUAAAUAAUAAAUAAAUAAUACAAAACAAAGGAAAAAAUGAUAUUUCGUUUACGACAUUUCUCCACACAGUGUCUUCAGAAUCUUAGUUCACCGGUUACAUCAAUUAAACGAAUUAAACACCUUCGGUUUAAAGAUUAUCGAUCUCUUUCUGUACAAUCACGACCUGUUAAAUUAGCCUUUAUUUCCUACGAGUCAAUAAAAGAUGUGACACAAACGUCGAAUUUGUGUCCAGUUAUAAUAAUGCACGGUUUGCUUGGAUCAAAAAAUAAUUGGAAUUCAUUGUCAAAAACAAUUCAUCAACAAACUGGUCGUAAGGUGAUAACUGUUGAUGCAAGAAAUCAUGGAGAUUCGCCUCAUUCUACAGACAUGUCAUAUUCACAUAUGUCUGAAGAUAUUGUGCAAUUAAUAAAAGAUGUAGAUUUGAAGAAAGUUAUUUUAAUUGGACACAGUAUGGGCGGAAGUACAAUGAUGUAUGUGGCAUUAAAUUAUCCUCAAUUAAUUGAAAAAUUAAUUGUCGUCGAUAUGUCACCAGUGAGAGUGAGUCCAAGUCUCACUGAAAUGAUUAAAUUAUUUCACGCAAUGAAAACAGUGACACUCGAUGGUAUUUUGACAUUAUCGAAGGCACGAAAAAUUGCUGACGAACAAUUGUCACAGUCAAUUCCCUCGGAGAGAAUUCGUCAGUUUUUGCUCAUGAAUCUUGUAGAAGCGAAGGCUGGUGUUUAUAAAUGGCGAGUGAAUUUACCAAUUUUAGAACAAAAUUUCGCAUCGAAUAUCGCUGUGUUUCCACAAGUGGAAGAUCGUGUUUACACGGGACCAACGAUAUUUAUCGGUGGCGAGGAAAGUGAUUAUUUAAAGAAAUCAGAUCACGAGAGAAUUAGAAAAUUUUUCCCCACCGCCGAAUUUCAUUAUAUAGCAGAAGCAGGACAUUGGGUACAUGUUGAUAAACCCGGUGAAUUUUUGAACAAUGUCAUCACUUUCAUCAAGGAACCGUUAAUUAAAGAAUUCACUAAUAAUUAACCAAAAAAGAAAAUAGAAAAAAUCUUCCAGAACGGAAGACUUUUAAAGAAUGAACUGGAAAAAAAAAUAUUUGUAAAUUAUUGAAAUUUUAAUAAAACUUAAUUAAGGAAUAGAG